GCGUGGAGCCCACGUGGGUGGGUACAGUGCGCGGCUAGUACAGUGGGUGGGUACAGUGCGCGCUAGGACAGUGCGUGGAUACACGCGUGCUAGUACAGUGCGAGUGAGUCCACGCGGGAGCGACGCGUGUCGCGGGCGGAGUAUCUUGUGGUGAUCGACUGCUAAGGUGGACGUUGUUGAAGUGAAGUCAUGUCGGCCGCCACAGGACGCAAGCCGGAUAAUAAACAGAAGCGCGGGGCCAAGCGCAGCCGGGAGACGGACGCCUCGGAGGAGGAGGAGGCAGCGGCGCUCAGGGGCCCAGCCAAGGCCUCCCGGGGCCGCGGGGGUUUGGGGGCCCGAGGGUCGGAGGCCAGGGGACGAGGGAAGGCCCGGGCGGGUGGACCCGGAGAGAAGGCCUUCCCCAAAACGUCGUCGCUCUUCAAAAACAACCCCAGCAUCCCCAGUGUGGAGAGGCCCGUGGUGUCGCAGUGCAAGGAGGCCGUGUUCGCCGGCAACGCGUUCUCAACGCUGGACCUCCACCCGUACCUGGUGUCCACCCUGGACAAGCAGAUGAAGCUCACUCAGAUGACCAUGGUGCAGAGGCAGGCCAUCCCAGUGCUGCUGCAGGGACGGGACGCUCUCGUGAAGUCUCAGACCGGCUCAGGAAAGACGCUGGCCUACGCGGUUCCCCUGGUGCAAGCCCUGCAGGCCGCGCGGCCCAAGAUCACGAGAGCGGACGGUCCCUACGCCCUGAUCAUCGUCCCCACCAGAGAGCUGGCCAUGCAGAGCUUCAAUGCUGUCCAGCAGCUGCUCAAGCCGUUUUCGUGGGUGGUGCCGGGCGUGCUGAUGGGCGGAGAGAAGCGCAAGUCCGAGAAGGCCAGGCUGCGCAAGGGGAUCAACGUGCUGGUGGCAACGCCGGGACGCCUCGUCGACCACAUCCACCACACGGAGACGCUCUCCUUCGCUCGGGUCGCCCACCUGGUGCUCGAUGAGGCCGACAGGCUACUGGACCUGGGCUUUGAGAAGGAUCUGACCGUCAUUCUCAACCGCCUCGAGGAGCAGAGUCCCACUCACCAGAACGUGCUGCUGUCGGCCACACUGAACCAGGGGGUCACGUGGCUGGCCGGCAUCCUCCUGGACGACCCCGUGAGCGUAACCGUGGAAACGCACGGGGGCGAGGUCGUUGCCGCGACGACGAACGGUGGGGCCCAUCGGACGGGGGCGGCCGUGGAGGCGGACGAGGAUGUGGAGGAGGAGGAGGAGGCGGUGGAGGAAGAGGAGGAGCAGGAGGAGGCAAAUAAAGAGGUGGCAGGGAAGAAGGAGGGACCAACGAAGAUCUCGAUGCCACCCGGGCUCGCUCAGCACUUUAUCACGGUGCCCAGCAAACUGCGCCUCGUCACGCUCACCUCGUUCAUCCUCGCCAAGUGCCAGGACGAGGCCAAGCUCGUGGUGUUCGUGUCGAGCCGCGAGGCCGCCGAGUUCCACUUCACGGUGCUCGGCCACCGUCUCGGAGGAGGAGGUGAUGAUGAUGAUGAUGAUGCUGACGAGGAGAACGAUGAUGGGGAGGGGAAGGGACCGCCGAAGGUCGCCCUGUGGCGUCUCCACGGCAGCGUGGAUCAGCAGGAGCGGAUGGAGGUGUUCGACUCGUUCUGCAAGGCACGCUCCGGGGUGCUCGUGUGCACGGACGUUGCGGCGCGAGGAUUGGACCUCCCGCGGGUAUCGUGGAUUGUACAGUACAUGGCCCCGGCGAGCGUGGAGGAGUACGUUCACCGCGUGGGCCGCACGGCGCGCAUCGGCCACCGCGGCAGCAGCGUCCUCUUCCUGGCGCCGUCCGAGCUCGAGUUCCUCACCGUGCUCGCGGAGCGCGGCAUCAGCCUGCGGGAGCUCAAGAUGGAGUCGGUGUUGAGGACUCUGCUGGGGAACUCUGGCGGCCGGGCCAAGCGGGGUAAGUGGGAGGCGGCGCAGCAGAGGCAGGCUGCACACGAGAAGGCCACCGAGAUGCAGCUGCAGUUUGAGAGCUUCACUCACUCCAGCCCCGAGCACCUGCAGCUCGCUAAGAAAGCGUACCAGUCGUACGUGCGCGCGUACGCCACCUACCCCGCGUCGCUCAAGCACGUGUUCCACGUGCGCUCGCUGCACCUGGGCCACGCGGCCAAGAGCUUCGGGCUCAGGGAAGCGCCCGGGCAGCUGGCGGGGAAGCAGCGGGGUGCGGUGGGACGCCGGGCAGCGGGGACGCGCGCGAACAGGCCGGCGACGAAAGCGAAGCCGAAGCGGCACACGGCCUUCAAGGAGCUCAUCCUCUCCGAGUUUGCCAGCGGGCUGUGAGCGGGGGGCGGGGGGCGGGGGGCGGGGGGGGGGGGG